AUGGCUUCCAUCUUCACCUACGAUCCCGACCCGCCACGGGUUUCGUCCCCGUGGUCGACCUCGGGAUCCUCCACUCCAGGUCAGGCCAACCAAACCAGCCAAGUUAGCAGAAGUGGAUUGGCAAUUCGCAAGCAAUCAAGUUCCGCGCUGGAUCGUGCACCGGAUUUCCUGUCUGAUUAUGGCAUCACCAAGCUGGAGCCGGAACCUCAGGAGGGUCCGACAGAGUACAAGCUACACUUGCUGCUCCGCCCGCGACGACCUUACCUUUCCAUGUCAACGGGGAAUGUCGUCGCAGGCUCGUACCACUCCCGUGUACCCCUUACUCCAGCUUCCUACUCUGCAUCCCCGGCCCAUGAUGCAACUCCCCGCCCUAUGCAGGCCAAGUCGGCCCAAAGCCGCCAGCAACGGCUGCAGGGGUUGACAACGCAGCUGCUCUGGCGUUUGCAACAGUCAUCACCGUUUCACUCGUCUACAACGGCAAAUCUGGUUGUUCCUGUGCUCCCUGACGCUACCCCGCAAUUAGGUGUUCCCUCCAAACCCGCCCGCCUGCUUCCGGGUUUGGAAGAGAGUCAGGGAGCAUUGUACGAGAUUGGCGUCGCUGAUGAUGGCACCUUCGUAGGUCUCACCGAGGAUGAACUCGAUGAGAGUGUCACCACUUUGCAGACCAUGGCCGCCAGUCUUGGAUGUAAGGUCGAGAUUCUGCGUCGAGUGAUCGUUGGCAAAUGCGAAUGGGCAGAGGACUCGUUGGUUGUGCCUCCAGACCCGAGCAAAUGUCAAAGAGAGAGUCUCUGGGUCGCAGAAGGGCUGGUCUCUCCGGACUUGGACUUUUAUAAGCUGUCCUCUGCCCGUGCGAAAAAGACCACCGACGUUGACUCCAAGGCGGUUGUCGGAGAUGAGUCCGCUGCAGAGGAAGACUCUUCCAAUACUGAGCAGAUUCGGAUAUCUAUAACUGGACCGAGUGCAUCGGGAAAGUCUUCCCUGCUGGGCACCUUGACUUCGUCUUCAUUAGAUAAUGGCAGAGGAAGCAGCCGACUGAGUUUGCUGAAACAUCGUCAUGAGAUCUCAUCUGGUAUCACCAGCUCCGUGGCUCAAGAGCUGAUUGGAUAUGCAGGGGAUGUGCCUCCCACGGUGGUCAAUUAUGCAUCUGGGAACGUGGCGGCGUGGGAUGACAUUCAUGCCGCGUCUCGUGGGGGUCGCUUGGCCUUUGUAUCGGAUCUUCCUGGUUCGGUUCGGUAUCUCAAAUCCACCUUGCGGGGCCUCGUCAGUUGGGCCCCACACUAUGUCAUGCUCUGUAUUCCAGCCAACUGCGGCGAUGAGACGGCCGAUACCGAGUCGGGCGUUGACUAUGCUGGGGAAAUCGACCGAUGCUUGGCCUAUCUGGAUCUUUGCUUGAAGUUAGAGGUUAACAUUAUAAUCGUCAUCACCAAGCUCGAUGUUGCAUCUCGAGGCGGCUUGCGUGAGAACCUCGCCAAGGUUUUGUCUGCCCUCAAGACUGCUGGCCGCAAGCCGGCGAUGCUCCCUGCGUCGCCUGCAGGAGACAGAGUGCUUGAUCUGCAGCAGGUAUAUGCUUCCGAUAGCAAUGAAGUGCAGAAAAGUAUCACAGCGGCGGAAGGUCAUUGGCCUCGCACGGUGCCUAUCGUCCUCUCCAGUGCUGUCGAUGGCACCGGGAUAGGGAAGCUGCAUGCAUUCCUUCGACACCUGCCAAUUCCCGCCCGGCCUCCGCAAAGGCGACUGCGUAUUCCUCAAUCGAUGAGUCAAACUCAGAGCCCAGCAACCGUCUUCGACGUCGAUGAAGUCUUCGCUAUACCACCAUCCAAGGUGUACUCCGCGUCUGCAGAUAAAGAAGGUCGUGAGAGCCGUGGUAUGGUCCUCUGUGGCCUCGUCCGCCAUGGCAGUAUCUCAAUCGGUGACGAGAUGACUAUCGGCCCAAUACUAGUCGACACUUCGGCGGAUGGUGGCAGUGAUCCUGCACCAUUGAGCCUCCUCUCUCGCAGUAGUGGACCGAGCCAAUCAGGCGAAUUCCCAGCUUCUUUAUCGCAUGGUGUUCUCUCCGGUAAAGAUGCCUCAACACAGGCGAAAUGGCAGCGCGUUCGCGUCGUGAGUGUUAGAGAUCUCCGACUACCCGUUCGACGCUUGAAGGAAGACCAAGUCGGGACGAUAGGCAUCGAGUUACUUGCAUCAACAGAUGAGGGCCGCUUACCUCGUCUUGGCCGAAUACGGAAGGGCAUGGUUUUAACGGACCUACACACAUCUCUGCACCCGAGCAACUUGCUUCCAUCGCCUCUGCCAUCAACAUUACCCCUGCCGUUCCACACAGGCUUCACAGCAACGUUCCCAGCCUCAGAGUUCUCAGCCCCGAAUUCGCCGCCCUUACUCCUUGGCGGGAACGCAAUUGCUUACAUCGCCAAUGUCAGAACGACCGUUCGUGUAGUAUGCAUGGCUCUCGCGGGAGCAGGCGACGAGCCAGCCUCCCGCUCGCCCUCACCAUCUCCGUCUCCUACUGAACCUGAAUUCUUCAGCUUUGACGGAGACACACACUCCUCACCUUCACCUGGGAGGGACAAAGGCAGUAGGGGCAGCCAUGCAAAUGGCAUGGACGGGUCUAUGCGGCGGCGUCCUUCUGCUACCGAUAUCAGCAAGGUAGUCUCUGGGACACCAGGUAAUGGAUGUGGCGUGUCUGAGUCUUUCAAAGAAGACGUUAGGAUCACCUUCGGGCUCGUGACGUCUGUUGAGUGGAUUGAGCUCGGCUCCCAGGUCCUGGUAAUGCCAGGGAUGUCUAUGACUGCCUCUUCCGGGGUCGCAGUGGCGCCUACUCCCGGGUCUGGUGCAGGUAAUGGCACUGGUAAUGGGAUAGUGUCGAUGUCUGGGCUGGAGGGAUUUGUGGGAACGGUUUGUGAGGUUGUCCCUGGGAGGUCUGUGGGAAGUGAGAUUUGA